GGAGAAUUUAAAAAAAAAAUAGUGGUUAUGAAAACUUCUGUCACUUAGGUGUUUGCUAACCAGCUAGAAGGCAGUGGGUCCUAGACAGCCAGGCUGGAAGAGCAGCACACACUCCUCUGCCAGUUGGCUGCCAGGUGCAGAGACCACACAGGGUCCCCUGUACCCAGUGGGGCACAGCCACUCUAAUCAGGGGAAUAGAGUACAGAGGACCCAUCAGCAUGGCUGUGGAGGUGGGCAAUGGGGAGGCGCCACCACAGAAAUGACUCUGGACCAUGAAGGAUGAAGAAAGAAGAAUGGAGCCCCUGCCAAGGCCCUGAGGGUAGAAGAACCUGUAAACUAGGGGAGUCCCCCAAGUUGGGGAGGGGAAGGCUGAGGAGGAUCCCCUUUACUGCCUUUUCAGUCUCCCAAACCAUUGGGAGGUUUGGGACAGAUGCCCCUUCCCUAUCUGGGAGCUGUAGAAACAGGGGGUGCCACAGAUCCUCUGGCGAAGCGAGGAUGGGGUCUUUUGGUGGCCCUUCAGCCACCUAUCAGAGUUCUUUGGGCAGGUGCUAGUCCAGAGGCAGGGAGCAAUGGCUGUGAUCACCGGAGCUUGACUGCAAGCCCAGGGAGAAAGGAAGCACUAGCGGCUCAGGGAAAGCACAGCAUCCUGGCUAGCCCUCUUCUGGGAUCCUCCUAAUCUCAGAAGGAAGGAAUAGGGAACUCCAAGCCUCCUGGGCUUGAACCUUGGACUGUGGUCUAUGACUUUGGGGGGAUUCUCUUUUAAGGAGGAGGGAACUCCAAGGCCCUAGGCCUGCACCCCUUCCUAGGGAGGGCUAGCCUAGCUCUUCACUGGGUCCCAGAGCCCCAAGAAACCAGGCUAGAGUUGCACGCUAGCUGGCAGACUGGGCUCUGACCCUUACCCUGCUGGCUGCAGGUAAUCUUGGCGCUGUCAAGCCACCUGGGAGCUGUAGAGUCAGAAAAGCAAAAGCUCCGGGCACAGGUGAGGCGCCUGGUACAGGAGAACCAGUGGCUGCGUGAGGAGCUGGCAGGGACACAGCAAAAGCUUCAGCGCAGUGAGCAGGCUGUGGCCCAGCUUGAGGAGGAGAAGCAACACCUGCUGUUCAUGAGCCAGAUCCGCCAGCUGGACGAAGACACCUCCCCCAACGAGGAGAAGGGAGACAUUCCCAAAGAUUCCCUGGACGACCUGUUCCCCAAUGAGGAUGAGCAGAACCCAGCCCCUAGCCCUGGUGGAGGAGAUGUGGCUGCUCAGCACGGAGGCUAUGAAAUCCCAGCACGACUCCGUACCCUGCACAACCUGGUGAUUCAGUAUGCCUCACAGGGCCGCUAUGAGGUGGCUGUGCCACUCUGCAAGCAGGCACUUGAAGACCUGGAGAAGACAUCUGGCCAUGACCACCCUGAUGUGGCCACCAUGCUCAACAUCCUGGCACUAGUCUAUCGGGAUCAGAACAAGUACAAGGAGGCUGCCCACCUGCUCAAUGAUGCCCUGGCCAUUCGGGAAAAGACACUGGGGAAAGACCACCCAGCCGUGGCUGCAACACUAAACAACCUGGCGGUCCUGUACGGCAAGCGGGGCAAGUACAAGGAGGCUGAGCCUCUGUGCAAGCGGGCACUGGAGAUCCGGGAAAAGGUCCUAGGCAAGUUUCACCCAGACGUGGCCAAACAGCUGAGCAACCUGGCUCUUCUGUGCCAGAACCAGGGCAAGGCGGAGGAGGUGGAGCACUACUACCGCCGGGCACUAGAUAUCUAUGCUGCACGCCUCGGGCCUGACGACCCCAACGUGGCUAAGACCAAGAACAACCUGGCUUCUUGCUACCUGAAGCAGGGCAAAUACCAGGAUGCAGAGACCCUGUACAAGGAGAUCCUCACCCGAGCUCAUGAGAAGGAGUUUGGCUCUGUCAACGGGGACAACAAGCCCAUCUGGAUGCAUGCAGAGGAACGGGAAGAGAGCAAGGAUAAGCGCCGGGACAGCGCCCCUUAUGGGGAAUAUGGCAGCUGGUACAAGGCCUGUAAAGUAGACAGCCCCACAGUCAACACCACCCUGCGCAGCUUGGGGGCCCUAUAUCGACGCCAGGGCAAGCUGGAGGCCGCGCACACCCUGGAAGACUGUGCCAGUCGCAGCCGCAAGCAGGGCCUGGACCCUGCCAGUCAGACCAAGGUGGUAGAACUGCUGAAAGAUGGCAGUGGUGGGCAGGGAGACCGCCGUGGUAGCCGAGACGUGGCUGCAGGUGCUGGGCCUCGGUCUGACUCUGACCUGGAGGAGGCAGGGCCUGCAGCUGAGUGGAGUGGGGAUGGUAGCGGCUCGUUGAGGCGCAGUGGCUCUUUUGGGAAGCUUCGGGAUGCCCUAAGGCGCAGCAGUGAGAUGCUGGUGAAGAAGUUGCAGGGGGGUGGCCCCCAGGAUCCCCCUAACCCCAGGAUGAAGCGGGCCAGUUCCCUCAACUUCCUCAACAAGAGUGUGGAGGAGCCAGUCCAGCCCGGAGGCCCAGGUCUGUCUGACAGCCGCUCUCUCAGCUCCAGCUCCAUGGACCUCUCCCGACGAAGCUCCCUCGUGGGCUAAUCCUGAAGGGGCAGCUAGUCCCCAGAGCCUCAUCCCGUCGUGUCCCAACCCCAGCCCUGCGCAUGGGCCCGCUGCUUGUCCCACCUAUCUCUCCCAAGGUCCCUGUCUUUUCUGUUCAAUCUCAGGGUAACCUCCUCUCUGGUCAUCUCAGCCUGAACCCCGGAGGCUGGGCCUGCCCGCUCUGUCCCUUAUUUAUUCCUUCUAGCAGGGCCCCUCCUCCCCAGGUCCGGGUGGGCAGGAGGAGCUGCCAGGAGUGUCCACCCUUCCCAGACCCCAGAGCCAAGAACGCUAAGCACCUGCAGUCCUUUCAGUGCCCUUGCCCUCCCCUCCCCAUCCCACCCUUCCCUCCUGGCCGUUGCUUCUGUAUAUAGAGAAAUAAGUUAUUGGCCGCGUCCCUUCCUUCAGUCCAUGGUACUACCCGGGCCUCCCUCGUCCCGCCCUUCUCCGUGGUACCGCCCAGGCCUUAAUCACCCCAUUCUGCGCGGUGGUAUCUCCCAGGCUCCACGUACCCAGGAGCGGCGUUUCCCCAAAGCGUUCCCGGGCCUCUCGCGCUCUUCCUGGCCUCCAGGGGACCCGCCCUGCCCUGGCCGCAGGACGGAGGAUCUUUCGCUCGCGCGCGCUCCGCGGAGCCUGCCUGGUGUCCCAGCCCUAUGCACUGCCCCUCCCGCCUCGCCACGCCCCCUCCGCGCCUGCAGCUUCCGCGAGCGGCCGUGACUGCCCUCGGCGGGAGGGGCCGCCCCACAUGUGGGGCCUCGGCGGUCGCUUUCUAUUUUCAAAUGUUGCUGUAGAAAUAAAGACGGUUUGAAUCUGA